UGUACACUGAAAACCGAUCAUACAUGUCGGAGUACAGACCUGCUGUAGUGAAUGGGACCAGAGUCCAUUCUUAGAACAUUGUGAUAAUGAACAAGGACAAGAAUCCGAUAACUGGAACGAUCUUGGAUUUAACCCUGGAGAUCAUCUACUUACUGAUUAGAGAGGAUUAUAUGGUUGUGAAGAAGCCUUGUGAGUGUGCCACAAACAAUAGCAGUCCCCAUGUGUCACAAGGAUCCUCUCGGAACACAGUGCCUCCAUCUCACUCACUGAUCCAUGAGGGAAACAAUGAGCAGAAGAUCCUGGAACUGACCAAUCAGAUCAUCCACCUGCUGACUGGAGAGGUUCCUAUAAGGUGUGAGGAUGUCACUGUCCAUCUCUCCAUGGAGGAGUGGGGGUAUCUUGAAGGACACAAGGAUCUCUACAAGGAUGUAAUAAAUGAGAAUCACAAGAGGCUCAGUGUUCUGGAUACAUCUGAACUUGGUAAAUUCCAUUCACCUCUCUCUUUGCCUGAUAUUGAAACCAAAGAUGAAACUGGAAACAAAAUCGGCAAACCAGGGAAAGGAGAUGCCAACGCUAUGCCAUACGUGGCACACAAAUCCCUAUCAUGUGAAAAUGUCAGAGACAUUUACACACCAGAAAAUCACAUGCAAAUAGAAGAUUCAACCAGCAAUAUUAAGGAGGAAGCCGUGUCAUGCGAAGAUACAGACAGUUAUACACAAACAGAAUAUUCGUCAUCUCAUAUUAGGGAACAAUCGGCUUCAUGUGCAGGUAGACAUCCCCCAGUUGCUGACAAUUAUACAGCCAGAGAAAUUACAAAGACAGAACAUCCAUCUACUCAUAGUAAGGAGGAAUCAGGCUUAUGUGAAGAAGAAAAUCUCACCGACACCGACAUUUAUACAAACACAGAACCUACACAAACAGAAUAUACACCUACUCUUAUUAAAGAGGAAUCCACCUCAUUGGAAGGAUGUAAUCUUCCUCAUACUGAGAUUCAAAUACCUUCAGAUCAUACACAGAAAGAAUAUAUAUUGACUUGUGUUCAAGAGCAAUCUGCCUCAUUUGCAGAAGAAAAUCUCCCAGCCACUGUCACUUACACACCGACAGAACAGACACCAAUUGAAUGUACAUCUACUCGAAUUAACGAGGAAGCCACCAUCUGUAAAGUUGUUCCUACAGAACACAACCAUUCUCUUCCAAAAUAUACAGAGAACGAAGAUGCAUUCAUUUUUAGCAAAUGUUCUUUGAAUGAUUUACAUACUUCAAACAGCACUUCUUUCAGUCCCCUUACUGAAUCAGGGAGAACUGAUUCUAUUAUGGAACAAUCUCGACAACCCACAUCCGAUACACAAGCAACAUCUCAUUGUUCUGAUUAUCAAGUGAAUUGUGAUGGUAACUUGGAACUUGUCAAAUAUCUACCCGUUUGCAAUGGAAGCAAAAAGGCUUUUUCUGGUACGAAGAAUGUCUUAUUUUCCAAGUCUGAUAUUGUUUUAAAUGAAAAGAUUAACACAAGGAAAUCAUCAUUUAUAUGCACUGAAUGUGGGAAAGGUUUUUCUCGGGCAGCACUGCUUAAGUCUCAUAAAAUGAUUCACACUGGGGAAAAACCCUUUAAAUGCCCAGAAUGUGGGAAAGGUUUUACCCGAGUUAAACUGCUUGCCGUUCAUAAAAUGGUUCACACUGGGGAAAGACCUUAUAAAUGCUCUGAAUGUGGGAGAGGUUUUACCCAAGUCAGACGUCUUACUAUGCAUAAGCUGAUUCACACCGAGGAAAGGCCAUUUAAGUGCACAGAGUGUGGGAAAGGUUUUACCCAGGCCAAGUUUCUUGCUGUGCAUAAAAUGAUUCAUACUGCAGACAGGCCAUUUGAAUGCUCAGAGUGUGGAAAGUGUUUUAGUCGGCCAACCCUUCUUGCGUCACAUCAAAUUGUUCACGCAGAAGAGAAACCAUUUAAAUGCAUGGAAUGUGGGAAAGCAUUUGCUCAGGCCAGACGACUUGCUGCGCAUCACGCCGUUCACACAGGAGAAAAAACGUUUUCGUGUUUUGAAUGUGGGAAAUGUUUUAAUAGAAAGUCCGUGCUUAUAAAGCAUCAGAGGAUUCACACAGGAGAAAAGCCAUUUAUAUGUCCUGAGUGUGGGAAAAGCUUUCGCCAGGCCUCGACUCUUGUUUCUCAUACAAGAGUUCACACAGGAGAAAAACCAUUUAAAUGCUCUGAAUGUGAGAAAUGUUUUACUUGGCAAGCCCAGCUGAUUUCACAUAAAUUGAUUCACACUGGGAAGAAUCCACACAAAUGCACCGAAUGUGGGAAAAGUUUUAGUAAGGCCUCAAAUCUUGCUUCCCAUAUAAGGAUUCACACAGGAGAAAAGCCGUUUUUAUGCACUAUAUGUGGGAAAUGUUUUACACAGGCCGGAAGUCUUACUUCCCAUAAACUGGUUCACACAGAAGAAAAAUUAUUUAAAUGCCCCGAAUGUGGGAAAUGUUUUCGGCGAGCUGCAGAACUUGCUUCACAUAAAAUGACCCACACGGGAGAAAAACCAUUUAAAUGCCCGGAGUGUGGGAAAGGUUUCCGUCAAGCGACAGACCUUGCAAUACACAAAAGGAUUCAUACAGGAGAGAAGCCUUUUAAAUGCACUGAGUGUGAGAAAUGUUUUGUCCGAACCACAGACCUUGCUUUACACAGAAGGGUUCACACAGGAGAGAGGCCAUUUAAAUGCUCUGAAUGUGGGAAAUGUUUCACCCAGCCUUCACAUCUUACUACACAUAAAAGAAUUCACAGAUGAUAGAAACCAGUUUCGUGUAAUGAAUGAGGUGAAUGCAACUUAGAAAUGAAAAUAUGCUCAUGGAAAACAAACCAAGUUAGAGAACCUGGUUAACAUCAGAUAAAGUGAUCUAGUUAUGCCAUUGCUGAACACGUUGAACACUCCAGACCCACAAAGAACUUUGGUUUGCUAAAAUGCUUUAUGUGUGAUUAGUAUGUCUUCUUCCUUCUUCCUAUUUACAAAAGUGCAGAUUCCAAUAGAAAUUGGCAAUUGUUACAACCCCGGCUGUCAAUCAGACAAGUCCUGUAACUUCCUGAUUUGGUUAGCUCAGUGUACCUAACUCAAGAGGCAGGCAACUGGCCAGAGGACCUGCCACGCAAAAACUUCCCAUUGAGUUGCUUUGACAAGUCUGUAAUAGGACAGCCAUAGAAAGUCAUGGCUGGGUUAGAAAGGGGGAGGUCUUCAGCCUCUGUGAGUUGUUUUUAGA